AUGGCGACCAACGCGCUCAAGGCGCGGCAUCGCCCUUUUGGCGACUAUCCAAAGCCAAAGCUCGAUGAUCUACCCAAUGAUAAACCCCCGCCUCGUGGCGGCGGCUGGAAGACGGCCUACUAUCGGCACCAAAAACAGAGCUUCCCCUCGUGGCUUUUUGCUCAUUCGCCGUUCCCCAUGCCUCAGCGUCUCAAGGGGUUGGAAAAGUCUCUCAAUGUGUCUCAGCGCGAGCAGCGCCGUCAACAGCGUGAUAUGAAAAACAAAAUUGCUGCACGACAGGAAAAACCAGACCCUGCACCAAACGUCACUGCUUCCACAGGUGCCAGCGAUGGUGCCGACGCCGCAUCUGGCCUUGCACUCAGCCCCACAUUGUUGCUCGAAGUGAACCAGACCGAACAGGCAGAGGAUGUGGCCAUUGCCCGGAUCGAGGGUUUGGAACUUUCUAGUGUGGAAUUCGAGGGCUUGGAAGACUUUUUCAACCUCGUUGAAAUCCGUGCCGGCCACAAUCGUCUUAAACUGGAGGACUUUUCGGUCUUUCCAGCCCUUCGCUCUUUGGAGCUUCCGCUCAAUCACAUUACCAAUCUUCGGGCCAGCGGCGUUGCCCAGCUGCGCUGGGUGACUCGACUUGAUUUGAGUCACAACAAGCUCUCAAAGACUGGCCUUCGUGCGCUGGGUACCAUGCCCGCGCUUCGCGAGCUAGAUCUGACUCACAAUGAGCUGCGCGCCCUGCCCAUUAAUCUGGGUGAGGACAAUGGGGGGCGACUCCUGUUUCUGCAGCUACGACGUCUCUGGCUCGACGACAACCAAUUACACGGACCCUCUGUGUUUCAAGCCCUUGCUCCACUGCCCAACCUUCGUCAUGUGACCCUGGAACGCAAUCGCAUUCGCUUUGUCCCCUUCCUGCAGGCGGCGGACGGCAGCUAUGGCCAGGCCUUUGAAGCUCUAGAGCAGCUUGGCCUGGCGCACAAUCGCCUCCACGAGGCCGCUGAUAUCAUUGCCGUGGCUACUUGGCCUUGUCUGCAAGCCAUACAUGUUUGGGAGAAUCCGCUUGUGUAUCAAAAGCGCGGGCUGCCCGCUGAGCUGGUGGAAGCCCUCACCCAUCGCAACGGCAUUGAGAUUGUGACUGAGGAGCCCCAGCCCCAGCGCCCCGCGCCCAUGGUCGAUCGUCGGGCCUUGCGCAGCGUUGAUGCGUCCGUGCCUACCUUGCCCGCUCUACCCCCGCCUCCCUCGGCUAUGCCUGCGGAGCCUCGGCCCCUGGAUUCGGAACGGCUCGCGCUACCACCUAUCGCUGGGCCCGCCAUUGCCGUCCAGGAUUUCGAGUCAGGGAUGGACUCCGUUGGCACCACCUUUCUUACCGCCAUGCUGGACGCAGACGAGCAACCCUCGUUUACCGAGGCGCCACCUCCAACAACCAUGCAGACAGCGUCGACUCCUUUUGGCCUUGGUGUCAACGUUGAUGAUCUGCGAUCCGAUGCCGCUUCAGACCUAGUGAGCAACCUUGUUGAACCUGCCCAAUCACUUGGUGCUCCCCCGAGUCUGGCCCCAAAUCCUGCGCCGUCUCCAGAAGAGCUCGCUGAUCCCUCGGCUUUGGCCAGAGCACGCGCAGCCAUGCAUGCUGGUAAUCGCCCCCAGCGCUUACAGCCCGAUGCAGUGCGCAUGCCGGCCAACCCUUAUUGUGCGCCGCGGCCGGCGCCGGCGUCAAAGCCGCCCAAUAGCUUGCAGCGACGGGCUUCGCGCGGGCCCACUGUUACCCAUGGCUCACGGAACAGAGAGGAAGCUCUACGACUUUUGGGUCUUCUGAAGGAGAAGAAACCGGCUCCCGCGGAACCCGACGCCCAAGAGCUACUCAGUCUCAUUGGCACAAUGCCCGCGGUGGACGCCGCUCAUUCGACUGCAAUUGCCAGCGACCCAGAGCAGGUCGUUGCCGCCCUCGAGGUCGCCAAGUAUCGCGGAUUUGAGCAACUGCUCUUGUCCUCCGACGAUGAGGACGACGUGGAGGACGACGCUGCUGAGACCAAUGGGGCCGGUGUUUCCGAGGCGCGAUUGCCGGCCAACCCCCGCAUGGCCGCCAAGGCUCUGGAGCAUGCCUUGCAGCAUCCCCCCCGCCUCCGGGACCGCGCACAGCACCGUCUGGUCAAAGCAGCGCUGCGAGAGUCGCAACAGCAACGCAAAGUGCCUGCACCCACGACGUCUGCCGUGGCCACAGCCAUGGCGCAGCUGCGCUUGACUUACGCACAAGCAGCUUCUGAAGAUGUUGCUGAGGAGGCGCGUACUGUGCCAACACAAUCCUCGGCAUGGUCAACUUCGGCUCCAGCCAGUGUUGCUCCCUUGGCCUCUUCCGCGGGGCGUACUCAGGUCGGCGGCACAGCAGGUCUUGACGAUGCAACGUCAUCGGUCGCAGGCAGAUCCUCAGUUGCUCAAUCGCUGGUGCCGCGUCCCCUGAGCUACAAGGACCACUUGAUCAGUCGGCUGCAGCAAGUUGAUCCAGGACAGGCCAAACGCACAGCAAGCAUAAAUGCAAGUGAAAUGUCGCUGUCUGCCCCAACAAUGUCUCGGCUAGAGCUGCGCGCAGCGUCGUCUCGUGCCCGCACGGCCGAGCUCAAGAGCAUCUUGCAGCAACUCAACAGCAAUAACCCCAAGGACUGGGUGUGA